UUUUAGAAUAAAAAAGGUAGAAAAAUAUCAAUAACCGACGAAGAUGAAAAUGCAGAUUUUGACAUUAAUGUUUGGAAAACUCCAACAAAGAGACAUUUAAGACAAUCUAUCACUUCUCGUUCUGGCUCAAAAGUGCGUCGAAGUAUCCUACGAGACAUACCAGAAAAUAAAGAAAUUGAGAUUUCUACACCAAAGACGCCAAGAAAAACUCCCAAAACCAAUCAUCAAUUUAAGCUGAUUCUAAAAGUUAGCUUAUACUUUAUAAUUUUACUUUCAAAUAUAAAUUUAUAUUCAUCCGAGACAGUGUGACGACUACUUUGCACUUAUGACUGUAGAUCGUACUAGAUCGCUUUGUUAUUGGCCAUAUUCUAUAAUAUAUGAUGUAGUAUUAAAAACGAUUAGUUUUGGUUCCUGCACACUCAUAUUCUCUCGACACACGUUAAAAACUUGACAGCUUCAGCGAGUAAAAGAUUGGAUAGUGGAGCAAAGAUUCCAUGUAGUCCUUUAGAAAAAGCUAGAGCCAAUUUACAUUUACAUGCGGCUCCUAAACAUUUACCGUGCCGUGAAGUUGAAUAUAAAUCUAUACAUUCUUUUUUAGUUAGAAAAAUUAAUGACGAGUUAACAGGGAGUAUGUAUAUUAGUGGUGUUCCUGGUACUGGAAAAACGGCAACAGUUAAGAGAGUAAUAGAUUCAAUAAAUGCUGAUUUAUUAAUGAAACACAGUUUUAAAUAUGUUGAAAUUAAUGGCUUAAGGCUUGCGAAUCCACACCAAGCAUUUUCAGUAAUAUGGAAAGAGUUAACCGCAGAAACAGUAUCAUCUUCACGAGCUCAAACACUUCUUAAUGACCAUUUUUCUAAUAAAAAAGUUAAAGAGUUAUCUACAAUUUUAUUGGUUGAUGAAGUGGACCAUAUUUGUAAUCGUAAACAAGAUGUUGUAUAUAAUAUACUUGAUUGGCCUAGUCAAACUGGUUCAAAAGUGGUUGUAAUAACAAUUGCUAAUACUAUGGAUUUACCUGAACGAGCAUUACGAGGAUGUGUAACUAGUAGAAUGGGAUUAACUAGAUUAGUAUUCAAGCCAUACACAUUUCAGCAGUUACAAGAAAUAAUCAUGAAUAGAUUGAUUGGUAAUUCUUCGUUUGAUCCAGACGCUGUUCAAUUGGUAGCAAGAAAAGUAGCAGCUAUAUCAGGUGAUGCAAGACGAGCUCUGGACAUAUGUCGGCGUGCUAUUGAUUUAGUCAAGUCUGAAGAUGAAUCACAAUUAAUAACUAUUAACCAUGUUAAUCAGGUGUUAAAUGCAAUACUUUCUGGUGUCCGUGUAACAGCUAUCAGGUGCUGUUGUCUCUUUAAACAAUUUUUUCUCAGAGCACUUAGAGAUGUUACAUCUAGUACAGGUAUUGAGCAUAGUACUAUUGAUUCAGUUUAUACACAACUGAAAAGCAUUUGCUUGCUUGAAGGCGAAGAAUUGCCAAAUGAGCAACAAGUUCUUAUGAUGGCAUACCGAUUAAGGGAUAGCGGUCUUAUAUUUUUGGAAAAGAAACGAUGGGACAUAUUCCGUAAAGUGUCACUCAACGUCAGUCCAGAAGAUAUAAGUUAUGCAUUAGAUAAAUAUAAUGAUUAGGUUAGUUUAUAGUAAUAAUUAUGUUUUUAUUGCACUAUUUAUUUUUUCUUAUUGUGACUUAUAUACUUGGUAUACCCGUAAAUUUUUUUUUUUAUUUAUUUGAAUAUUUUGUUCAUUAUUAUUUGUUUAAGUUAUCAAAAUGAGUUUUUUUUUAAAAUGUUUAAACAACCUGUUUGUACUUUUUUGUAACAAGACUAUUACUUUAUGUGAAUUGUGUUAUAAGUAACUAUACUUUUGUAAAGAUCUUACACUUUUUAUUCCAGUUAUAUUGUAGUCUUGUUUUAAAUAAUUACCAAUUUUUAUAAAUUAAAUAUUAUAUACUAUUAUAGCACCUACUACUACCACCUAGUCAGGGACUGAAACCAUACUGAAAAAAAAUUACUUUUUUUGUAACCGAAAUCUUUAAAAUAUGGUUAAAGUUAUCACUUUGGUACUGGACAAAACAGAUAACAUAAACCGACUGUUAACACUUGAGAUGUCAGCGCACUAUUUGUUUUCUCUCUGGUCCACGCGCAGCAUAGACAAAACGCAUUAAUGCAGAAUAAAUUUUUUCUACGUUUUUAAGUAGUUUUAAGAGUAAAAUUACCUAUUACGUAAAAGAUAAAGAAUAAUAUUUUUGAGGAAAUUAUAUCGAUUUUAUAUUUUAUUGUUAUUUGAUUUUCAAAAUAAACAAAAAAAUGUACAUUUAAAUUGUUUUGAUACAAUAUUUAGACAAAUUUGAUAUGACUACUUCAAAAAAAUUACUCUCUAUAUUUUUGGUAAUGGGUGAUUUUACUUAAAAACAUGGAAAAAAUGAUUCUGCGUAAAUGCGUUUUGUUUGUGGCACAUGAGCCAGAGAGAGAAAACAAAUAGUUUGCUGAAAUCCUCUAAAUGAAAAUUAAAGUAUUUAUGUAAUACAUCCAGGUCUGUACUUACACUUUUCAAUAACAAUAUACGAUUGAUUCACAAUGAUCACUGUAUAUUAUGAACCAUAUUUUAUUUUUUUUUUGAAAAAUUGUUAUUAUGUAUUAAUUUAUCUAAGAAGUAAACCAAUAUUUUUGCUUAAGACCAGACUGAAACUGAAAAAAUCAUCAAUUUUCCAGUCAAAUUUAGUACCUACCUACCUAUUAUAAAUAAAAAUAAAUUUCUUUUAAAAUAGUUAAAUACCUACAUUGUUAACAAAAAUAUAAGUUAGUAUGUAACUAUCAACUUGUGUAAUACUAUUUAAAAUUUUUUAUUGGUAUUGUAUAGUAAAAUUACAAAAAUUACUUAGUGUUUCUGUUACUUAUUUUAUUAAUUUAAAUACAAUCAUAUAUAAGGUAA